GGGACCGACUGACUAACAGCAGCACGCGCUCUCAUACCGCCUUCUAACGAGAGAGCAGAUUGACGCAGGUGAUAAAACGCAAAUUAAAAACGAAACGAACGUUAAAAAAACUCCAAAUAAUCCAUUCCCAACUGUGUGUAUUAACAGGUGAGUGUGGGUGUGGUCGUCUGAAGUGACAGCAGAGCUCCGUUCAGUAAAGACGUCAAGUCACACUGACAACAGGUGAGUUGCAAUCCGAUCAAUAGAGUUUAUUCAUCUGUCAAGUAGUUCGUCCUGUCUCACGCUUAGCUUACCCAUAAUACUCACACAUUACACACUAGUCUAGGCUUCGGUUUAUGUGCAGGCUAGCUAGACUAUUAAAACACCAGAAGGACCAGGCUGGGGAGAAUACUGCCAAACCACUAACCUAUAGGCCUACUGUUUAUUCACAGAAGGACCAGGCUGGGGAGAAUACUGCCAAACCACUAACCUAUAGGCCUACUGUUUAUUCACAGAAGGACCAGGCUGGGGAGAAUACUGCCAAACCACUAACCUAUAGGCCUACUGUUUAUUCACAGAAGGACCAGGCUGGGGAGAAUACUGCCAAACCACUAACCUAUAGGCCUACUGUUUAUUCACAGGUCUGAACGCAGUAAAAGGCUGAGCGUAUCUAGCCUAGUCAGUAGAUGUUUUACAUGUGUGUCCCAGAUACACAUUCCAUGCUCAGAUAUGGGGCUGGGGGUUGUUAUAUUUACAUUUACGUCAUUUAGCAGACGCUCUUAUCCAGAGCGACUUACAAAUUGGUGCAUUCACCUUAUGAUAGCCAGUGGGACAACCACUUUACUAUAUAUAUAUAUAUAUAUAUAUUUAUUUUAUGUAUUUUUAUUAUUAUUUUUUUGGGGGGGUGGGGUAGGGGGAGGGUAGAAGGAUUACUUUUAUCCUAUCCCAGGUAUUCCUUAUAUCAUGUUAAGGUGCUUCCAGAGAUGUUGGAUAUUUCUCCAUGUAUUUGUAAAGAUCUGAGCGUGUGUCUGGACUGUUGGAAUCAGGUGUGUCACUCACUGGCCCCAGACCUGUUUCCAGGUUGCCUUCAGAAGGUAUUCUCACCCAUUUACUUUUUCCACAUUUUGUUGUGUUACAACCUUAAUUUUUUACAAUGGAUUAAAUUUAGAUUUUGUGUCACUGAUUUACACACCCCAUGUCAAAAGUGGAAUUAUGUUUUAUAAAUGUUUACAAAUUUAAUUCAAAAUGAAAAGCUGAAAUGUCUUGUGUCAAUAAGUGUUCAACCCCUUUGUUAUGGCAAGCCUAAAUGCUGUUAGUUCAGGAGUAAAAAUGUGCUUAACAAGUCACAUAAUAAGUUGCAUGGACUCUGUGUGCAAUAAUAGUGUUUAACAUGAUUUUUGAAUGACUACCCCAUCUCUGUACCCCACACAUACAAUUAUCUGUAAGGUCCCUCAGUCGAGCAGUGAAUUUCAAACACAGAUUCAACCACAAAGACCAGGGAGGUUUUCCAAUGCCUCGCAAAGAAGGGCACCUAUUGGUAGAUGGGUAAAAAUAAAAAAGCAGACAUUGAAUAUCCCUUUGAGCAUGGUGAAGUUAUUAAUUACACUUUGGAUGGUGUAUCAAUACACCCAGUCACUAUACAGUGGGGAGAACAAGUAUUUGAUCCACUGCCGAUUUUGCAGGUUUUCCUACUUACAAAGCAUGUAGAGGUCUGUAAUUUUUAUCAUAGGUACACUUCAACUGUGAUAGACGGAAUCUAAAACAAAAAUCCAGAAAAUCACAUUGUAUGAUUUUUAAGUAAUUAAUUUGCAUUUUAUUGCAUGACAUAAGUAUUUGAUACAUCAGAAAAGCAGAACUUAAUAUUUGGUACAGAAACCUUUGUUUGCAAUUACAGAGAUCAUACGUUUCCUGUAGGUCUUGACCAGGUUUGCACACACUGCAGCAGGGAUUUUGGCCCACUCCUCCAUACAGACCUUCUCCAGAUCCUUCAGGUUUCAGGGCUGUCGCUGGGCAAUACAGACUUUCAGCUCCCUCCAAAUAUUUUCUAUUGGGCUCAGGUCUGGAGACUGGCUAGGCCACUCCAGGACCUUGAGAUGCAUCUUACGGAGGCACUCCUUAGUUGCCCUGGCUGUGUGUUUCGGGUUGUUGUCAUGCUGGAAGACCCAGCCACAACCCAUCUUCAAUGCUCUUACUGAGGGAGGAGGUUGUUGGCCAAGAUCUCGCGAUACAUGGCCCCAUCCAUCCUCCCCUCAAUACGGUGCAGUCGUCCUGUCCCCUUUGCAUAAAAGCAUCCCCAAAGAAUGAUGUUUCCACCUCCAUGCUUCACGGUUGGGAUGGUGUUCUUGGGGUUGUACUCAUCCUUCUUCUUCCUCCAAACACGGCGAGUGGAGUUUAGACCAAAAAGCUAUAUUUUUGUCUCAUCAGACCACAUGACCUUCUCCCAUUCCUCCUCUGGAUCAUCCAGAUGGUCAUUGGCAAACUUCAGACGGGCCUGGACAUGCGCUGGCUUGAGCAGGGGGACAUUGCGUGCGCUGCAGGAUUUUAAUCCAUGACGGCGUAGUGUGUUACUAAUGGUUUUCUUUGAGACUGUGGUCCCAGAUCUCUUCAGGUCAUUGACCAGGUCCUGCUGUGUAGUUAUGGGCUGAUCCCACACCUUCCUCAUGAUCAUUGAUGCCCCACGAGGUGAGAUCUUGCAUGGAGCCCCAGACCGAGGGUGAUUGACCAUCAUCUUGAACUUCUUCCAUUUUCUAAUAAUUGCGCCAACCGUUGUUGCCUUCUCACCAAGCUGCUUGCCUAUUGUCCUGUAGCCCAUCCCAGCCUUGUGCAGGUCUACCAUUUUAUCCCUGAUGUCCUUACACAGCUCUCUGGUCUUGGCCAUUGUGGAGAGGUUGGAGUCUGUUUGAUUGAGUGUGUGGACAGGUGUCUUUUUAUACAGGUAACGAGUUCAAACAGGUGCAGUUAAUACAGGUAAUGAGUGGAGAACAGGAGGGCUUCUUAAAGAAAAACUAACAGGUCUGUGAGAGCCGGAAUUCUUACUAGUUGGUAGGUGAUCAAAUACUUAUGUCAUGCAAUAAAAUGCAAAUUAAUUACUUAAAAAUCAUACAAUGUGAUUUUCUGGAUUUUUGUUUUAGAUUCCGUCUCUCACAGUUGAAGUGUACCUAUGAUAAAAACUACAGACCUCUACAUGCUUUGUAAGUAGGAAAACCUGCAAAAUCGGCAGUGUAUCAAAUACUUGUUCUCCCCACUGUACAUAUACUGGCAUCCUUCCUAACUCAGUGUCCAGAGAGGAAGGCUCAGGGAUUUCACCAACACUACAGAGUUUAAUGGCUGUGAUAGGAGAAAACUGAGGAUGGAUCAACAACAUUGACAAUUAAAUCCAUUUUAAUCCCACUUUGUAACUACAAAAUGUGGAAAAGGUCAAGGGGUGUGAAUACUUUCAGAAGGCACUGUAUGUCACGUUCGUUGAGUACAGGAUUGGACCAAAGUGCAGCGUGGUAUGCGUACAUGUUUGUUUAUUAUAUAAACACCGACAAAGUAACGUGAAGUUCUAAAGGCUAAACAUCAAACAAGCCAAACACACAGAAACAAGAUCCCACAACAUAGGUAGGCAAAAUGGCUGCCUAAGGAUGAUCCCCAAUCAGAGACAACGAUCGACCGCUGCCUCUGAUUGGGAACCACACCAGGCCAACAUAGAUCUACUCAUUCUAGAUCUACACAUAGAAUCUAUCCAUAGAUAUUCACACCCUCACCAAACCAACUAGAGAAAACCGGGCUCUCAAGGCCAGGGCUUGACAGUGUAGGUAUUCAGGCGACGGGGUUAUCGGUCGAGUUUAAAUAAAUGGACAAGAAUUAAUAAAUAAAUACAUGUUUCUGCGGUAUAUUUUAUAGGCUUAUAGGCAAUAAUACAUGUCUCUGGGCUAGGCUAUAUGCAUGUCGCUAGGCUAGGCUAUAUAUUUUAGGCUUAUAGGCCUGUUUGUGAUCAUGCAUGUCGCUAGGCUAGGCUAUAUGUUUUAGGCCUGUUUGUAAUCAUGCAUGUCGCUACGCUAGGCUAUAUCUUCCCCACAAUAGUAUAUGCAUUAAUUGAAGCCCAAUGUUAAAUCUCCCUAUGAUCAUAUCUAAGCCAAUGUGACACCAAUGUCGAUGGAAAUGUGCACAUCAACUUGAUUGGAGGUACACAACACACUCCCACCUCUCAUCAAAAAAAUAAAUAAAAUAAAUGAUCCGUCUGGCCGUUACCGAGAACCACUAUACCGGAUUUUGACAGGGUUGUUAGCAUUAGGGUCGCAGGACAAUUCCCCCCCCCCCAAACUUAGCUCAAAUUCUAGGCGUUUGAUUAAAACGAGGCUACAGCGUCCAAAAAGUAACCAUUAGACUUGCCACCUUUCAGACUGAAUACGUUUGUAGGGGCAACAGUCUUUAUAAAAUGGAUAAUCUAUCGCUCUCAAGUGCUAAUUUCUGUCCAUUUUAAGAACCAACGAUGUGCUACCUUUUUUGUAGUAGUUGUGAUAAUGGUUAACAACUUUUCAGCCGAAUCUCAGAGUUCUAAAACCGGACCAAAGCACUUGGGUUGCACAGCAACAGCACUAGUAGCUAGCUAACACCAGUCAGAUGAGAGGUAAGCUACAAGCAAAGGAAGCUAGCUAUAGUUUGCUAUGGUACGUUUUUCACAUGGCUGAAGUCAUCUUUGUAAACUGUUGGCCUUGACAUGUGACACUUGUGUGUAAUCAGAACAAAUAAGAUAGCGUAAUUCAUUGGCUGCUAUUGCCAGUUAGCUAAUGUUAGCCAGAAACAUUAGCUAGCUACAAGCAAACAAGGCUGUAACGUUAAUGUCAGCUGUAUGGACGGACCAUUAACCAGCACAACUCAAUGUUGACAAUAUAGCUAUCUCACAUUCUUCCACAAACAAAGCACUGCCUGUCUCUUUACUGCCUGUCUCUCUACUGCCUUUCUGUCUACGGCCUGUCUCUUUACUGCCUGUCUCUUUACUGCCUGUCUCUUUACUGCCUUUCUGUCUACUGCCUGUCUCUUUACUGCCUGUCUCUUUACUGCCUGUCUCUUUACUGCCUGUUUCUUUACUGCCUGUCUCCUUACUGCCUUUCUGUCUACUGCCUGUUUCUUUACUGCCUGUCUCUUUACUGCUUUUAGUCUACUGCCUUCUCUUUACUGCAUGUCUCUUUGACUGCUCUGUCUCUUUACUGCCCCUGUUUCUGUCUACUGCCUGUCUCUUUACUGCCUGUCUCUUUACUGCGUUCCCCUUUACUGCCUUGUCUCUUUACUGCUUUUGUCUACUGCCUGUCUCUUACUGCCUGUCUCUUUACUGACUGCCUUUCUGUCUACUGCCUGUCUCUUUACUGCCUGUCUCUUUACUGCCUGUCUCUUUACUGCCUGUCUCUUUACUGCCUGUCUCUUUACUGCCUGUUUCUUUACUGCCUGUCUCCUUACUGCCUUCUGUUACUGCCUGUUUCUUACUGCCUGUCUCUUACUGCUUUGUACUCUUUCUGCCUUUGUCUCUUACUGCUCUCUUUACUGCCUGUUCCUUACUGCCUUUCUGUCUACUGCCUGUCUCUUACUGCUGUCUCUUUACUGCCUGUCUCUGUUACUGCCUGUCUUUCUGUCUACUGCCUUUCUCUUACUGCCUGUCUCUUACUGCCUGUCUCUUACUGCCUGUCUCCUUACUGCCUGUCUACUGCCUGUCUCUUUACUGCCUGUCUCUUUACUGCCUGUCUUUCUCUGCCUUCUCUUUACUGCCUGUCUCCCUUACUGCCCUUCUGUCUACUGCCUGUCUCUUUACUGCCUGUUUCCUUACUGCCUUUCGUUACUGCCUGCUGUCUCUUACUGCCUGUCUCCUUUUUACUCUGCCUCUUUACUGCCUGUCUACUGCUUUCUGUCUACUGCCUGUCUCUACUGCCUGUCUCUUUAACUGCCUGUCUCCUUACUGCCUGUCUAUCUGUCUCUUACUGCCUGUCUCUCUUACUGCCUGCCUCUUUACUGCCUGUCUCCUUACUGCCUGUCUCCUUACUGCCUUCUGUCUACUGCCUUUCUUCUACUGCCUGUCUCUUUACUGCCUGCCUUUCUGUCUACUGCCUGUCUCUUUACUGCCUGUCUCCUUACUGCCUUUCUGUCUACUGCCUGUCUCUUUACUGCCUGUCUCCUUACUGCCUUUCUGUCUAAUGCCUGUCUCGUUACUGCCUGUCUCUUACUGCCUGUCUCUUUACUGCCUGCUUUCUGUCAAUCUGCCUGUCUCUUUACUGCUGUCUGCUUCUUCUCUUUACUGCCUGUCUCUUUACUGCCUGCCUGUUCUUCUACUGCCUGUCUCUUUACUGCCUCUCUUUACUGCUGUUCUUACUGCCUUUCUUAUGUGUCUUACUGCCUUCUUCUACUGCCUUUCUGUCUACUGCCUGGUCUCUUACUGCCUGUCUCCUUACUGCCUUUCUGUCUAAUGCCUGUCUCUUACUGCCUGUCUCUUUACUGCCUGCCUUUACUGUCCUACUGCCUGUCUCCUUUACUGCCUGUCUCCUUACUGCCUUCUGCUACUGCCUGUCUGUCUACUGCCUUUCUGUCUACUGCCUGUUCUUUACUGCCUGUCCUUUACUGCCUGUCUCUUUAAAUGCCUUUCUGUCUAUGCCUGCUCUCUUACUGCCUGUCUCUUUACUGCCUGCCUUUCUGUCUACUGCCUGUCUCUUUACUGCCUGUCUCUUACUGCCCUGCCUUUCUGUCUACUGCCUGUCUCUUUACUGCCUGUCUCCUUACUGCCUGUCUCCUUACUGCCUUUUUGUCAACUGCCUGUCUCUUUACUGCCUGUCUGUCUACUGCCUGUCUCUUUACUGCCUGUCUCUUUACUGCCUGCCUUUCUGUCUACUGCCUGUCUCUUUACUGCCUGUUCUUUACUGCCUGUCUCUUUACUGCCUGUCUCCUUACUGCCUGUCUCCUUCACUGCCUGCCUUAUCCUGUCUUACUGCCUGUCUCUUACUGCCUGUCUCCUUACUGCUUUCUGUCUACUGCUUUCUCUACUGCCUGUCUCUUUACUGCCUGUCUCUUUACUGCCUGCUCUGUUACUCUGCCUGUCUCUUUACUGCCUGUCUCUUUACUGCCUUUCUGUCUACUGCCUUUCUGUCUACUGCCUGUCUCUUUACUGCCUGUCUCCUUACUGCCUUUCUGUCUAAUGCCUGUCUCGUUACUGCCCGUCUCUUUACUGCCUGCCUUUCUGUCUACUGCCUGUCACUUUACUGCCUGUCUCCUUACUGCCUGUCUCCUUACUGCCUUUCUGUCUACUGCCUGUCUCUUUACUGCCUGUCUGUCUACUGCCUGUCUCUUUACUGCCUGUCUCUUUACUGCCUUUCUGUCUACUGCCUUUCUGUCUACUGCCUGUCUCUUUACUGCCUGUCUCUUUACUGCCUGCCUUUCUGUCUACUGCCUGUCUCUUUACUGCCUGUCUCUUUACUGCCUGGCUGCUCUUCUGCUCUACCUGCCUUUGUCUCUCCUUACUGCCUUCUCUCCUCUCUACUGCCUUUCUGUCUAACUGCCUGUCUCUUUACUGCCUGUCUGUCUACUGCCUGUCUCCUUUAUGCCUGUCUCUUUACUGCCUUUCUGUCUACUGCCUUUCUGUCCUACUGCCUGCUCUUUACUGCCUGUCUCUUUACUGCCUGCCUUUCUGUCUACUGCCUGUCUCUUUACUGCCUGUCUCUUUACUGCCUGUCUCUUUACUGCCUGUCUCUUUACUGCCUGUCUCUGUUCAAAUGCCUGUCUCUUUACUGCCUGCCUCUCUGUCUCUUACUGCCUGUCUCUUUACUGCCUUUCUGUCUACUGCCUGUCUCUUUAUGCCUGUCUCUUUACUGCCUGUCUCUUACUCUACUGCUAGCCUGUCUCUUUACUGCCUUUCUGUUACUGCCUGUCUCUUUACUACUGCCUUUCUGUCUACUGCCUGUCUCUUUUACCUGUCUCUUUACUGCCUGGUUCUUACUGCCUGUUUCUGUCUACUGCCUGUCUCUUACUGCCUGUCUCCUUACUGCCUUGUCUGUCUACUGCCUGUCUCUUUACUGCCUGUCUCUUUACUGCCUGUCUCUUUACUCCCUGUCUCUUUACUGCCUGUCUCCUUACUGCCUUUCUGUCGACUGCCAGUCUUUCUCUCGCCUACCUGUCUCUCUCCUACCUGUCUGUAAACACCUACUGAAUUAUUGACUGAUGUGCUGACUGAGUAACAAAGGAGCCUGUGUGGUAGGGGCGAUGCGGUGGUCCUGUAAGCGGAGUGUCACCAUGGCAGCAGUGUUCCUCCUCCUCACCAUCCUUUACCUCAUGCUCCCGCUGGAGUUCAGGAGCACCGUGAGUACACACACACACCUAACACACACACACACACACACACCUAACACACACACACUCUCCACACACUCUCUCACACACACACUCUCACACUCACACACACACUCUCACACUCACAUGUUUGCAGUGGCAGUCAUUUGCAAAGACACUGUAAACAUUGAGGGUCAGGUUGAAAUGGAUUGAAUCAGUGUCUGCUGCUGGGCGUGUUUGUGUCUGUGUUCAGACUAGGGCUGGGGGAUAAUAGUAUUAUAAAAAAAACUGUGUUUGUAUAGCACAGUUAAUACAGAGACCUUAACUCAAGGUUCUGUAUAUAUAAUAAUACAACUAGUUUAUGGCAGGGCAAGCUGAGUUGACUUAGUGAUGGCUCAAAGCCAAGACCUACAGGGAAACCAGGCUGAAUGCUGCUGAACCUGACUGCCCUGUCACACAUGGUCUUAGCUAACACCCACUACAGAAAGGAAUUGUGUUGCUAUUCUGGCUGCUCCGUGCAUUAUGUCUCUUUCACAUUUAACUCAGAAACUCUCGUGUGUGUGUGUGUUUCAGGGGGAGCAGGUGUGGCAGGGCCGGACUGUCUCCAGCAGUGCAUUGUGGGUAGACAAGGGAGGGUACCUGCCACUGAACGUCUCCUAUCAACUACUGGCAGGAACACCUCCAACUAAACAGAGUAAAUACACACACACACACACACACACACCUCCAACUAAACAGAGUAAAUACACACACACACACACACACACACACACACCCUCCAACUAAACAGAGUAAUACACACACACACACACCUCCAACUAAACAGAGUAAAUACACACACACACACACAACCUCCAACUAAACAGAGUAAAUACACACACACCACACCUCCAACUAAACAUAGUAAAUCCACACCACACACACACCCUCCAACUAAACGAGUAAAUACAACACACACACACACACACACCUCCAACUAAACAGAGUAAAUACACACACACAACCACACACCUCAACAACAAGUAAAUCACACACAACACAACACACAAAACAAAAAUACACACACACCACACCUCCAACUAAACAGAGUAAAUACACACACACACACCUCCAACUAAACAGAGUAAUAAUACACACACACACACACCUCCAACUAAACAGAGUAAAUACACACAACACCACACACAACCUCCACACAACAGAUAAUACACACCUCCAACUAAACAGAGUAAAUACACACAACACACACACACCACACACCUCCAACUAAACAGAGUAAUAACCACACCACAACACACCUCCCAACUAAAACAAGUAAAACACACCCACAACACCACUAACAAUACAACACACACAACCCCUCCAACUAAACAGAGUAAAUACACACACCACACACACACACUCCAACUAAACAGAGUAAAACACACACACACACACCUCCAACUAAACAGAGUAAAUACACACACACACACACCUCCAACUAAACAGAGUAAAUACACACACACACACACCCCAACUAAACAGAGUAAAUACACACACACACACCACACACCUCCAACUAAACAAGUAAAACACACCCACAGACACACACACCUCCAACUAAACAGAGUAAAUACACACACCACACCCCAACUAAACAAGUAAAUACACCACACACACACUCCAACUAACAGAGUAAAUACACACACACACCACCACCUCCAACUAAACAGAGUAAAUACACACACCACACACACCUCCAACUAAACAGAGUAAAUACACACACACACACCUCCAACUAAACAGAGUAAAUACACACACACACACCUCCAACUAAACAGAGUAAAUACACACACACACACACACACACCUCCAACUAAACAGAGUAAAUACACACACACAACCACCCACACCUCCAACUAAACAGAGUAAAUCACACACACACACACCUCCAACUAAACAGAGUAAAUACACACAACACCACACACCCCAACUAAACAGAGUAAAUACACACACACACACACACACACACCUCCAACUAAACAGAGUAAAUACACACACACACACCAACCACCACACACUCCAACUAAACAGAGUAAAUACACACACACACACACCACACACACCUCCAACUAAACAGAGUAAAUACACACACACACACACACACACACACACACACACCCCUCCAACUAAACAGAGUAAAUACACACACACACACCAACUAAACAGAGUAAAUACACACACACACACACACCUCCAACUAAACAGAGUAAAUACACACACAGACACACACACCUCCAACUAAACAGAGUAAAUACACACACACACCCAACUAAACACACACACACACACACACCUCCAACUAAACAGAGUAAAUACACACACACACACACACCCAACUAAACAGAGUAAACACACACCACACACACACACACACACACACACACACCCCCUCCAACUAAACAGAGUAAACACACACACACACUGUUCGGAUUUUCCGUUAUUUAGCCCUCCAAAAAGGCUCACCAGGAAGCACACAAUGUCAUGACUCGUGUUUUGUCCUUAAUUUUAUUUUAAAUCAAAUGACCAUAGGUCAUAAACCUGAAUUACAACAAACAAAUAAUGACAAUAUAUUAUUCAAAUAUAUAAUGUAAAUAUUAUUCAAAUAAUAUAAUAUAAUAAUAAUGUAAUAAUGAAAAUCAAAUAAGCCUACAACACCAUCAAAAAUGUGGUAAAUCUGGCUUAAAACAACAUUGACUACAUCACCCAGAAUGCCUAGCGCCAGAGGAGCAUGCGCACAGCGACUCCGCCGUUGCCACGGACGCUGCCACAGGACACAGAACCCAUGCCACCACAUGCCUCGUACAAAGGACCCACAUACGCACAAACGCAACACAACGCGGCGCUCCACCAUGGAUCACCGAACCAAACCACCGCUAUCACCACCGCCACCAGAAACCAGCAGAGUGCUCCGAACAAUCAGCACAACGCAAAUGGCUGAUAAUGAUAGCCUAAUGCUAUACAGCAUCUGGGUCGCUGAGCUACAGGUUACUCUCGGCCAACUAACACCGACACAGUGAGGUAAACGUUCAGUGCUCAAACAUAUAAGUGACUUAAACAUUAAUGCUAGACUGUGAGUAGUUCGCAGUUACAUACCAACGGCCUGUGUGCUCCUGAUGAUUGUCUGCCGUGAAAUGAUUACCAGGUGCCAUAAUUUAAGUCUCUAGUGAAGCUGCGCAUGCGCACAUAACGUAACAUAUCCGAGCAUCUAAGAAACUUUGAUUGAACACAUCAGACCCAUUUGCUUCUCUUUUAUAUAUAUAUAUAUAUUAUUGUUUUUUUUUCUCUUUUUUCUUUUCCUGAGUGAGCUAGAAGUCUCAACACACACACACACCUCCUACUGAACAGAGUAAACACACAGACACACACACACACACACACACACACACACCUCCUACUGAACAGAGUUAGUGUAUAUUUAAAGUGAUUUUUGAACAGUCUACCAGUCAACUCUACCAGACAGUCAUCUCUGUACCAUCUCUUCAGACAACCUCAGGCUGCACUAAGUAGUACACACACACCAGUGGAGGCUGGUGGGAGGAGCUAUAGGAGGACGGGCUCAUUGGAAUGGAAUCAAUGGAACGGAGUCAAACAUGCGAUUUCCAUAUAUUUGAUGUUUGAUAUCGCUCCUCUAACACACACUAAUGUAACGUUAUGACUAUAACUACUGUUCCCUGGAGGAGGGAAACGGGGUACAACAUGACUAUAACUACUGUUCCCUGGAGGAGGGAAACGGGGUACAACAUGACUAUAACUACUGUUCCCUGGAGGAGGGAAACGAGGUACAACAUGACUAUAACUACUGUUCCCUGGAGGAGGGAAACGGGGUACAACAUGACUAUAACUACUGUUCUCUGGAGGAGGGAAACGAGGUACAACAUGACUAUAACUACUGUUCCCUGGAGGAGGGAAACGGGGUACAACAUGACUAUAACUACUGUUCCCUGGAGGAGGGAAACGGGGUACAACAUGACUAUAACUACUGUUCCCUGGAGGAGGGAAACGGGGUACAACAUGACUAUAACUACUGUUCCCUGGAGGAGGGAAACGGGGUACAACAUGACUAUAACUACUGUUCCCUGGAGGAGGGAAACGGGGUACAACAUGACUAUAACUACUGUUCCCUGGAGGAGGGAAACGGGGUACAACAUGACUAUAACUACUGUUCCCUGGAGGAGGGAAACGGGGUACAACAUGACUAUAACUACUGUUCCCUGGAGGAGGGAAACGGGGUACAACAUGACUAUAACUACUGUUCCCUGGAGGAGGGAAACGGGGUACAACAUGACUAUAACUACUGUUCCCUGGAGGAGGGAAACGGGGUACAACAUGACUAUAACUACUGUUCCCUGGAGGAGGGAAACGGGGUACAACAUGACUAUAACUACUGUUCCCUGGAGGAGGGAAACGAGGGUACAACAUGACUAUAACUACUGUUCCCUGGAGGAGGGAAACGGGGUACAACAUGACUAUAACUACUGUUCCCUGGAGGAGGGAAACGAGGUACAACAUGACUAUAACUACUGUUCCCUGGAGGAGGGAAACGAGGUACAACAUGACUAUAACUACUGUUCCCUGGAGGAGGGAAACGAGGUACAACAUGACUAUAACUACUGUUCCCUGGAGGAGGGAAACGAGGUACAACAUGACUAUAACUACUGUUCCCUGGAGGAGGGAAACGAGGUACAACAUGACUAUAACUACUGUUCCCUGGAGGAGGGAAACGAGGUACAACAUGACUAUAACUACUGUUCCCUGGAGGAGGGAAACGAGGUACAACAUGACUAUAACUACUGUUCCCUGGAGGAGGGAAACGAGGUACAACAUGACUAUAACUACUGUCCCGUCUCUCUCGCUCUCUCUCUCUCCUCUCCUCUCUCUCUCUUUCUCUCUCUCGUACCUGACUGUCAGGCUUCUCUCUCUCUCAGAGCUGACUAUCAGGCUGUUCUCUCAAUUCAAUUUAAGGGCUUUAUUGGCAUGGGAAACGUAUGUUAACUUUGCCAAAGCAAUUGAAAUAAACAAUAAAUAUUAACAGUAAACAUUACACUCAGAAGUUUCAAAAUAAUAAAGACAUUUCAAAUUUCAUAUUAUGUCUAUAUACAGUGUUGUAACGAUGUGCAAAUAGUUAAAGUACAAAUGGGAAAAUAAAUAAACAUAAAUAUGGGUUGUAUUUACAAUGGUGUUUGUUCUUCACUGGUUGCCAUUUUCUUGAGGCAACAGGUCACCAAUCUUGCUGCUGUGAUGGCACACUGUGGUUUUUCACACAGUAGAUAAGGGAGUUUAUCAAAAUUGGGUUUGUUUUGAAUUCUUUGUGGAUCUCUGUAAUCUGAGGGACAUAUGUGUCUCUUGGCAGGAGGUUAGGAAGUGCAGCUCAGUUUCCACCUCAUUUUGUGGGCAGUGUGCACAUAGCAUGUCUUCUCUUGAGAGCCAGGUCUGCCUACAGCGGCCUUUCUCAAUAGCAAGGCUAUGCUCACCGAGUCUGUACAUAGUCAAAGCGUUCCUUAAUUUUGGGUCAGUCACAGUGGUCAGGUAUUCUUCCACUGUGUACUCUCUGUUUAGGGACAAAUAGCAUUCUAGUUUGUGCUGUUUUUUUGUUAACUCUUUCCAAUUUGUCAAGUAAUUCUAUUUUUUGUUUUCUCAUGAUUUGGUUGGGUCUAAUUGUGUUGUUGUCCUGGGGCUCUGUGGGGUCUGUUUGUGUUUGUGAACAGAGCUCCAGGACCAGCUUGCUUAGGGGACUCUUCUCCAAGUUCAUCUCUCUGUAGGUGAUGGCUUUGUUAUGGAAGGUUUGGGAAUUUAACGUCUCUUUUCUGGAUUUUGAUCAUUAGCGGGUAUCAGCCUAAUUCUGCUCUGCAUGCAUUAUUUAGUGUUUUACGUUGUACACUAAGGACAUUUUUGCAGAAUUCUGCAUGCAGAGUCUCAAUUUGGUGUUUGUCCCAGUUUUGUGAAUUCUUGGUUGGUGAGCGGACCCCAGACCUCACAACCAUAAAGGGCAAUGGGUUCUAUAACUGAUUCAAGUAUUUUUAGCCAGAUCCUAAUUGGUAUGUCGAAUUUUAUGUUCCUUUUGAUGGCGUAGAAGGCCCUUCUUGCCUUGUCUCUCAGAUCGUUCACAGCUUUGUGGAAGUUACCUGUGGCGCUGAUGUUUAGGCCGAGGUAUGUAUAGUUUUUUGUGUGCUCUAGGGCAACGGUGUCUAGAUGGAAUUUGUAUUUGUGGUCCUGGCAACUGGACCUUUUUUGGAACACCAUUAUUUUUGUCUUACUGAGAUUUACUGUCAGGGCCCAGGUCUGACAGAAUCUGUGCAGAAGAUCUAGGUGCUGCUGUAGGCCCUCCUUGGUUGGUGACCGAAGCACCAGAUCAUCAGCAAACAGUAGACAUUUCACUUCAGAGGCCGGGUGCUGCAGACUGUUCUAGUGCCCUCACCAAUUCGUUGAUAUAUAUAUAUAUAUGUUGAAGAGGGUGGGGCUUAAACUGCAUCCCUGUCUCACCCCACGGUCCUGUGGAAAGAAAUGAGUGUGUUUUUUGCCAAUUUUAACCUCACACUUGUUGUUUGUGUACAUGGAUUUUAUAAUGUCGUAUGUUUUUCCCCGAACCCCAACUUUUGUGGAUUGGGGUGAUCCAUCCUUGGUUCCAAAUAUUGGGGAAGAUGCCAGAGCUAAGGAUGAUGUUAAAGAGUUUAAGUAUAGCCAAUCGGAAUUUGUGGUCUGUAUAUUUGAUCAUUUCAUUGAGGAUACCAUCAACACCACAGGCCUUUUUGGGUUGGAGGGUUUGUAUUUUGUCCUGUAGUUCAUUCAAUGUAAUUGGAGAAUCCAGUGGGUUCUGGUAGUCUUUAAUAGUUGAUUCUAAGAUUUGUAUUUGAUCAUGUAUAUGUUUUUGCUGUUUGUUCUUUGUUAUAGGGCCAAAAAGAUUGGAGAAGUGGUUUAUCCAUACAUCUCUAUUUUGGAUAGAUAGCUCUUUGUUGUUUGUUUAGUGUUUUCCAAUUUUCCCAGAAGUGGUUAGUCUAUGGAUUCUUCAAUUACUUUGAGCUGAUUUCUGACGUGCUGUUCCUUCUUUUUCCGUAGUGUAUUUCUGUAUUGUUUUAGUGAUUCACCAUAGUGAAGGCGUAGGCUCAGGUUUUUUGGGUGUCUGUGUUUUUGGUUGGAUAGGUUUCUCAAUUUCUUUCUUAGGUUUUUGCAUUCUUCAUCAAACCAUUUGUCACUGUUGUUACUUUUCGGUAUUCUGUUAGAGAUUUUUAGAUUUGAUAGGGAAGCUGAGAGGUCAAAUAUACUGUUUAGGUUUUCUACUGCCAAGUUUACACCUUCACUAUUACAGUGGAACGUUUUGUCCAGGAAGUUGUCUAAAAGGGAUUGAAUUUGUUGUUGCCUAAUUGUUUUUUUGGUAGGUUUCGACACUACUUUCCUUCCAUCUAUAGCAUGUCUUAAUAUUAUUCAGUUCCUUUGGCUUUGAUGCCUCAUGAUUCAGUAUUGCUCUGUUCAAGUAGACUGUGAUUUUGCUGUGAUCUGAUAGGGGUGUCAGUGGGCUGAUUGUGAACGCUCUGAGAGACUCUGGGUUGAGGUCAGUGAUAAAGUAGUCUACAGUACUACUGCCAAGAGAUGAGCUAUAGGUGUACCUACCAUAGGAGUCCCCUCGAAGCCUACCAUUGACUAUGUACAUACCCAGAGUGCGACAGAGCUGUAGGAGUUGUGACCUGUUUUUGUUGGUUAUGUUGUCGUAGUUGUGCCUAGGGGGGCAUAUGGGGGAGGGAAUGCUGUCUCCUCUCUCUGUCUCCAGAAUACCUAACCAUCAGGCUGUUCUCUCUCUCUCUCUCCAGAAUACCUAACCAUCAGGCUGUUCUCUCUCUCUCUCUCCAGAGUACCUAACCAUCAGGCUGUUCUCUCUCUCUCCAGAGUACCUAACCAUCAGGCUGUUCUCUCUCUCUCUCCAGAGUACCUAACCAUCAGGCUGUUCUCUCUCUCUCUCUCCAGAGUACCUAACCAUCAGGCUGUUCUCUCUCUCUCCAGAGUACCUAACCAUCAGGCUGUUCUCUCUCUCUCUCUCCAGAGUACCUAACCAUCAGGCUGUUCUCUCUCUCUCCAGAGUACCUAACCAUCAGGCUGUUCUCUCUCUCUCCAGAAUACCUAACCAUCAGGCUGUUCUCUCUCUCUCCAGAGUACCUGACCAUCAGGCUGUUCUCUCUCUCUCUCCAGAGUACCUAACCAUCAGGCUGUUCUCUCUCUCUCUCCAGAGUACCUAACCAUCAGGCUGUUCUCUCUCUCUCUCUCCAGAGUACCUAACCAUCAGGCUGUUCUCUCUCUCUCCAGAGUACCUAACCAUCAGGCUGUUCUCUCUCUCUCUCUCCAGAAUACCUAACCAUCAGGCUGUUCUCUCUCUCUCCAGAGUACCUGACCAUCAGGCUGUUCUCUCUCUCUCUCCAGAAUACCUAACCAUCAGGCUGUUCUCUCUCUCUCUCCAGAGUACCUAACCAUCAGGCUGUUCUCUCUGUCUCCAGAGUACCUAACCAUCAGGCUGUUCUCUCUCUCUCUCUCCAGAGUACCUAACCAUCAGGCUGUUCUCUCUCUCUCCAGAGUACCUGACCAUCAGGCUGUUCUCUCUCUCUCUCCAGAAUACCUAACCAUCAGGCUGUUCUCUCUCUCUCUCCAGAGUACCUAACCAUCAGGCUGUUCUCUCUGUCUCCAGAGUACCUAACCAUCAGGCUGUUCUCUCUCUCUCCAGAAUACCUAACCAUCAGGCUGUUCUCUCUCUCUCUCUCCAGAGUACCUAACCAUCAGGCUGUUCUCUCUCUCUCUCUCCAGAGUACCUAACCAUCAGGCUGUUCUCUCUCUCUCUCUCCAGAGUACCUGACCAUUGGGCUGUGCUCCGUGAGUCGUCCUAAAGGCACCUAUCUGAUCUCCACCUUGUCCUCCAUCUUCUCCCGCUCCUCCCCGGCAGAGCUGAGCUCCAUGGUGGUGGUGGUACUGCUGGCAGACUUCGAUGCCCAAUGGAGAGAGACCACGCUGGGGGAGAUUACAGCUACCUUCCCCUCCCAGCUGGAGGCAGAGCAGCUAUUGGUGGUACAUGCCCCCAAGCAGUACUACCCACCAUUAACAGGUACAAUAGCAGUACUACCCACUAGUAACAGGUCAGUUGGUUAGCUGGUCAGUCGGUUAGCUGGACAGUCGGUUAGUUGGUGAGAUGGUUAACUAGUUGUUUCUAUGUUUUAGGCCUGAAAAGGAACUAUAAUGACAACGCAGACCGUGUGACGUUUCGCUCCAAACAGAACGUUGACUAUAGCUUCCUGCUUCAGUUCUGCGCUGGGCGGAGCCUGCUCUACCUGCAGCUGGAGGACGACGUCUCCUGCUCGCAGAACUUCCUGUCUGCCAUCAGGGGGCGUGUCCAGCAACAGGAAGUGGUGGGCGGAGUACCCUGGGCCACGUUGGAGUUCUCAGCGCUGGGCUACAUCGGGAAGCUGUACCACUCAGAACACCUCCCCCUCCUCUCACGCUUCCUCUUCCUGUUCUACCAGGAAAUGCCCUGCGACUUCCUGUUCAGUCACUUCCGGGUGCUUUUGACACAGGGUGAGGCGAUCCGCUUCACGCCCUCACUGUUUCAACACAUGGGCUCAUACUCCUCGUUCCUGGGGACAUUCAACAAGCUGAAGGACGAAGACUUUGAGGCGGACCUCUACACCAACCCUCCUGCUGAUGUCUAUAGUGACAUACCAGGUAGAAACACACACACACACAAUGCAGUGUGGAAAGGCCCCAUAAGGACCCUGUGGCGGCUCUGGUCUGGCUAUAUAAAGAGCAUUUCACUGGAAGGUUGUAUUUGGUGCCUGUGACAAAUAACAUUUGAUUUGAUUUGAUAUCUAACAUGUAUCUCUGUGUCUGUGUGUCUAGCCUAUGAGGACCAUGUGGCGGCCAUGGCCUGGUCUCCCGGUACUGGAACAUUCUUCUGGGGGCGGAGUCCCUUUUCAGGGAACCACCUAACCGUCGCCUUCAAACAGCCUGCUGUGGUUACCGGCAUUAUCGUGGUGACAGGGUCAGCAGAGGGUCGUGACCAGUUGGCAUCUGCGACCGUGGAGCUGGGUCUCCACCCGGUAACUGAGAAGACUGGGUUGGGGAUAACGUGCCAGGAGUUCUAUAGCGUGGGGGAUCUGCAGGGAGGGAAGAUGAACAUGACGGACAUACACAAGAAGAGAUCUGGCCACGCCUCUUCCUGUCUGAAGAUAAGA